AUGUCGGCUGCCGCUUUCGAACAGGCCACUCAGGACAUCCUGAAGCUGACCAAACCGGUUGAGGAUACCGUUCAGCUUCAGAUUUAUGCUCUUUACAAGAUAGCCAGAAACGAGGAUAUCUCCAAAUCCAAACCUGGCAUGUUUGAUAUUAAGGCCAAAUAUAAGAAGAAUGCGUGGCAAGCUAGCCUCGACAGGGGAGUCACGCCAGAGCAAGCUCAGAAGGAAUACACUGAGACGAUUGAGAAGCUCAAGGUCACGCAUGGUUAUGAUCCCAACAAGGUCCCCGAGAAGGUCCGCGCAUAA